CACUCUCUUUUCCUUUUCUCUUCUCUGCGGAGAUGCUGAGCAGAUGCGAUGUAGACCCCAACGGAGUAAGAGGCCCGGGACCUUAUGUCCAGAACUUUAGUGCAAGAGUAACAGGUGAACAACAAACAUGAAAUCACAGCACUGCCCACAGCACUACCCUGAGCCAUAGGAACAACUGUGCACACUUCCUUCAUUUCUGGUGGUCACGAUUGUAUUUAAGUCAUUUGUUGUAACUGUCCAUUUCAAAUCCUGAGUACUGUGACGGCAGGACCACACCAUGGCAACAUCUUGAGGUCAACUCUGGGCCCCCUACACCGGGAUAAGUAAACAAAAGCCUUCCAGCCCUCUUCCCCUACAGUGCUUCCGCCCAGCAAUUUCUGUGAGUCCCAGUAUUCCUUGGAACUUGGCAGCCUUAUUCUUGGAGCUGUGAUAUGUUGAGAACCCUAACAGAAGCAUGGAUACAUCAUUGGAAGUAUAAAAUACAGGAGAAAAGUUCAUUGGAAGAACGAUACACGAUCUUCUCUCCCCCUCAGUGAAGGGUGUCACACGGCAUUCUGGCCACAGCCCUCUCCCCUGUGUUCCAGUCAACAAAGUGGUUUGAGCUGCAAAUGUCGGGCAUGACGACAGUCAGAGGGAUUGAAGAUUGAUGGACAACCUGAUCUCUGCAGCCCAGUACCGCUGACACUGUGAGGACAAACACACCAGGCAAAGAGGAAUGGCCUCCCAGGAACUGAAAGUUGUGGAAACAUGACUGGUAACAGCAGGUGCUUCUAUUUGGUAAGCCCACCAUUGGUGAUUCUGAAUAACUAAGGGGAUACAGGAAGCCUCGGCUGAGAUCCAGCAAAGCCACCAACUGCAGACUGCACCAUGGACGUAAAGCUGGACCCUUCCCGAGACGACCUGCCCCUCAUGGCCAACACCAGCCACGUGCUUGUGAAGCACUAUGUACUGGAUUUGGAUGUGGAUUUUGGAAGCCGGGUCAUUGAGGGCACCAUAGUUCUUUUCUUUGGAGAUGGAAACAGAUUGAACAAACAGACGAGUUCCACCCAGGAAACCUUCCAGAUGGAGUCAGAGGAAGACCGCAAACUUAGGACCACUGAACCCUGCCAUGUUCCUGAGAUGGAUGCAAGUACCUCCUCACCUCAGAUGGGGUACAGUGAAUUUGCAGUCUGUGGUAAAGGUGAUCAGGAUGCCUUUGAUAACGAUGGUAACCAUGACAACCGGGAACAUGCUUCUGAGAUCUCUAGCUCAAAGUACUGCCGUGACACAGGGAAUCAUGGGAGAGAAGAUUUCUUGCUAGUGUUGGACUGCUGUGAUUUAUCUGUGCUAAAGGUAGAGGAGGUGGACGUGGCCGCCGUGCCGGGCCUUGAAAGAUUCACGAAGGCUCCCAAGCUCGCAGCUUCUCCUGAGAAGCUCAGGCGUGAGAUUGUCCGUGACCUUGUGGCUCUGCCUGCAGAUGGUUGGAGGGAGCAGUUAGACUGUUACACUCGCUGCAGCCAGGCUCCCGGCUGUGGGGAGCUCUUCUUUGACACUGACAACUGGAGCUUACGUAUCAGGAAGAUGGGAGCUCGGACAGCUGCUGACUUUCCUCGUGCCAUCAGGAUAUGGUAUAAAACUAAACCCGAGGGGCAGUCAGUGACUUGGACCUCAGACCAGAUGGACAGGCCAUGUGUUUAUACUAUGGGAUCCCCCAUCAACAACAGGGCCCUUUUUCCAUGCCAGGAACCACCCGUUGCCAUGUCAACAUGGCAGGCUACAGUUCGAGCAGCUGCAUCUUCUGUUGUUUUAAUGAGUGGGGAAAAUUCUGCCAAGCCCACACCACUUCGAGAAGGGUGCACGAGCUGGUAUUACUACGUGACCAUGCCAAUGCCAGCCUCCACCUUCACAAUUGCAGUGGGAUACUGGACCGAAAUGAAGCCCAAGACAUCCCCAUCAGAUGAUCUGGUGUCAGAGUGCCCUCUCCUGCCUGUGAAAACUGACUUCAGGUCCGCCGACACCUGCAGUCAUGUAGAAUACCCCUGCCGAUUCCAAAAUGCUGCCGCUGCCACCCAGGAGACCAUUCCUCAUCGAGUGUUCGCCCCACUGUGCCUCGAGGCUGCCUGCCAAGAGGCCCUGCUGUGGCUGGUCCCCCCUUGCCUCUCAGCUGCAUACUCUGUCCUGGGAACACACCCUUUCUCCCGGCUGGACAUACUCAUUGUACCCGCCAACUUUGCAAGCCUGGGGAUGGCCAGCCCACACAUCAUCUUCCUCUCUCAGAGCACCUUAACAGGCAGGAGCCAUCUCUGUGGGACCCGUCUCUGCCACGAAAUUGCUCACGCCUGGUUCGGCCUAGCCAUCGGGGCCCGAGACUGGACAGAGGAGUGGCUCAGCGAAGGGUUUGCCACUCACUUGGAAGACGUAUUUUGGGCCGAAGCACAGCAGCUGCCCCCACAUGAGGCCCUGGAGCAGCAAGAGCUAAGGGCUUGCCUGCGCUGGCGUCGCCUGCAGGAUGAGCUGCGGAACUCCCCAGAGGAAAUGCAGGUGUUGAGACCCAACAAAGAGGAGACUGGACUUGUGAGUGCUUCUGGUGCGUCUGUUGUCAAGUAUGGACUCAAUCCAGAGAAGGGCUUCAUGCAGGUUCAUUACUUAAAGGGCUACUUCCUUCUUCGAUUCCUAGCCAGAGCACUUGGAAAGGACAUUUACUUUUCAUCUUUAAGAAAAUUUGUACACCUGUUUCAUGGGAAGUUGAUUCUUUCUCAGGUAAUUCAUGGGGUCCUGGUGAACUCACUGCACACAAGUGGAGAGGCUGCAGCAUACAGGGAUUAGAUUAUGUCAACACUGGAAAGUAGAGAAUUUACAGUUAUAUUUACUGGGAGAAAGGUGUUAGUGAUAUGGACUCAAAGGAUGACUGUUUGGGGAAUGUGACCUCCUGGUAGUAGAGUGAGCUGCUGUGGCCUCCAGCUGUUCACCACUAUAGAAGCAGUCCUGCUGGAUUCAUCUGGGCAAGCUUUUCUCCUUCUGAUGCUGCCACCUCAGACUCAUCCCAGCCAGCAGCUCAGGGUGCUUACUGUGCAAGCAUGAAAACUGGAGUUCAGUUCCCAGCACCCACACAGAAAUCUCUGAUCCCACAUAUACCUGCAACACGGCACUGAUGGUUCACAGAGACAGGGGAAUCACUGGGACCUACUGGCCACAAGUCCAGCAGAAAAAAACAAAACAAAACAAAACCCAGGUUCAAGGAGAAAAACCCAUCUCCAGGGAACAAGGAUGAUAGUGAUAAAGGAGGACACCAAACACCAUGGCCUCCAGACAUGCAGGCAUGUUACAAAAAAUCUUUCCGCCAAAAGCUGCCUGAGCCCCACUGCGUCUUGU